GUAGUGCUCUUAUUUUGAAGUCCUAUCACAACUUCCGGUUUUGACUGACAGCAGCGGAGAUCACUGACCGCGCACACAACUUUGGAUUUUAAGAUGAAGCUUAAUCUACUUGUUGGAGAGCUGUUUUAACACUGUGGUCACUGACUUGCUCACUUGUUUUGCAGAAGAUUAACCUAGGACCAAGUGUGUAUUACCUGUUACUCUUUGGUAAUGUGAAACUGGUGAAAGAGUUAGCUUCGCGUUAAAGCUAAUGAAAGCUAUCGACCCAUGCCUCGAAAAAAGAAGGGCGGCCAAAGCCCAGCCAGAGUCCCGAGUGGGCUGCAGCUAGAAGGGGGAACCAACACGGGUUACCGACCACCUCCAAUGGCGAGCCACUUUCUCCUCGGGUCCUCGCUCUCAAAACAGGACGUCGUGAGAAACAUGCAGGAGAUGUUCUCACACUUGGAUCCAGAAGUUAUAGACAUUGUGUUGUCCGAGUGUGACUUUAAAGUUGAAAAUGCAAUGGAUGCUCUUUUGGAGUUAUCCAUCGCAGCUGCUGACCCACAGCCUGUUUCAGCCUCUGUGUCUGGGUUUGAGAGAACUGCUGCAGCACUACUCACCCCCCAACACUUUGCUGAACCUCUGUCUCAAACACAUCGGACAACACAUGACUCAUCCACAUCGCCAACUUGUUUUAUAACGGAAGACUUGGACUAUUUAAUUGAUCAGGAAGUGCAGUCACUCAGUGCACAGGAAAACAGAGUCCAGCACCCGCUCAGUCAAACUGUCACUGUGACUGAAGACCUACAGUCCCACUUGGAGCCUCUGUGCAGUGGGACCUCUACUGAGAAGUCACUUUCUUGUCAAAGCUUACAGAGUUCCGGUGCUUCAUCUCCUCUUGAUCAACUCAGUACAUUUGAUGAUAUAUGUGUAGUGGAUGAACAGGUCCCAAGAGAAACCUCUGUGGACAAGAACAUACUGUCUGUGGAUUUUAUUAGGUCUGGUCAUUCUUCUGCAUUUCAGGUGUACACAAAACAAAAUGAUACAAAUCUGGCAGAAGUCAUGGUAUCUGAGGCAGUAGUACCAAAGGCAGGCCCUUCUUAUGGGAGCAUGGAUAGCUCUGCAUCCAUGACCUGGAAUAUCGCAGCACCUGUAUUCCAGCCCCAGGUUCAGGAAAUCCAAGGUUCAGCCUUUAUCACUCCUGUGGCUUCUGAUUGGCCCAGAGGGCCGAGGCCUACCUUUCCCUGGCACAGGCCGAACAGCCAGGCUCCUCUGAGAGGACAUCCUUCUGCACCGAGGCCCUGGGCUCUGCCACCUCAACAACCCACAGGCCAGCCAAACAGGCUGCUUUUGGAAGGGAAGGUUCUUGUGUUGUUACGUGGGCCACCAGGUUCAGGCAAAUCAACUUUGGCAAGAGCUCUGUUGGAGCAUAAUCCCAGUGGAGUCAUCCUCAGCACUGAUGACUAUUUUAUAGUUAAGGGAGAAUAUCACUUUGACCCGACUGUUCUAGGAGAGGCUCACAGUUGGAAUCACAGUCGAGCCAAGCUAGCGUUUGAAAGAGGGACUAAUCCCAUCAUCAUUGAUAAUACCAACAUGUGUGGAUGGGAGAUGAGACCCUACGUGGUUCAGGCUCUGAAACACAGUUAUAAGGUUUUAUUCAGAGAGCCAGACACUUGGUGGAAAAACAAACCAAGAGAAUUGGAGAGACGCACAAAGCAUGCUGUCCCAUUAGAAAGAAUACGACGUAUGCUCUGUGGAUAUGAGCGCUUUGUCACAGUCAAGUCCAUUUUGGGCUCACAGAUGCCUGAGAGGAAACAACCAACUGAAACAGCGGAAACGUUGGAACCGAAUGCACCUUGCCCUGACAUUGUAGGAGAUUCUAGUGAAAUAAAUGCCAAAUCUCGCACAGAAACUGUUCCCUCUCUACCUGAUGUCUCAGCUGCCCAUGACAAUGAGUUCUUCAAAGACAAACAGGAAAAUGCUGAUAUGGACAUUGCUGACAGUAAUACAGAGCCUGUCGAUGAGUUACCUGUUGCAUUCUCUACAUCUAUUGGGCAAAGGAUGAAAAGAGAACGAGCUGGUAGAAAGUCUGGUGUAGACAAUUCAGAGCCUGCAGAUGAGCCAAAAGAAGGACAUAAAUCUGCGGUGGAGGUUCUGUCACAGCAGAGUGACAUCAUAGUCGAAGAAAGCACAAAAUCAGUUGUUAAAAGUUUUGACUUUGAAGGAGACUGGCCCUCCACAGCUUCACUAGAGCAGCGUCUGGAGAGGAGACAUCACAACAAUCACAACAAGGUCACAGACAACAACUUGGAAGCAGUUAAUCCAUGUGCUAAAACCAAAGAUCUCCCAAAACCUGAUUUAACAGAGUUGCAAAAGCUUUUUGAUCUGAUUCAAACAGCAGCAGAUCCAAUAAAUACUGAUUCUUCCUCUUUAUCACCCCUUUCUGCUAGCUCUGGAGAUAAUGAUGUCAGUUCUGCUCGAAGGAGUCAAUCUGAAAUUAAAGAGAGGACCACAGGAGGGCUCCCAGACUGUGUUUUUGAGUCACAGGCUGCUGAAUGCACUUUAGUUGGAGGAAAUAAGCUUAGUCCAGAAUUUGGUGCUAGUGAGAAUCCUUUAAGUUGUGAUUAUGUUUCUGAGAGUCCUGAGUUUGAGAGUUUGGGAGAAUCUGAAAGCAGCCAAAUAAGUCACGAGUGCAAGCAGCGUCAUACUCGUCGCUCGGGGAAACAGUGUAAACUGGCCCUGACCUUUACACAGAAUUGUCUUGAAGCAUCUGUGGAUUCUGUUGAAAGUUCAGUUGCAGAUCAAUCAAAUGACGAGCCAAAUCUUGAGCUUAAAAAAGCCUGUGGGCUACGUACUGAAACCAACAUAAAGGCAGACUCUGGAGCCCUCCCAAGCUCUUUUACUCAGACUGAAUCACAUGACUUUGCCCUGCUGUGGCGUGUCAAUCAAAAUGGUCUUGAUGCAUCCGACGCAUCCAACAGGGAUUUCCGAGUGUUAUGUAGCAGCCCGACACGAUUUUUGCCUCUGAUGUCCUGUGCCACAGAUUCAAUCAAUCCAACUGCUCACAAUCAAGUUCCAUAUUCUGUAGUCCAUGAAAAAAGCACGCAGGUGGAGGAGAAGGAGUUUGGGACGAGUAAAGACGUGGCUGAAAAUCUGCUUAUUCUGAGGCGCCAUUUUAAACAGGUUGCAUUGGACACAUUGGAAGACUUGUUUGAAAAAUGCCAACGAGAUAUCGAAUGGACAACCAAUUUGCUGCUAGACUCAGGAGAGAGGUUCUUUAGGGACGAUGAGAAUGAAGAAGAGGGAAGCUCAUGUACAGAAAGUGAAGAUGGGCCGAGCUCUGAUGUGUUAAUUACACAACAGUAUGAAGAGAUGACUGGCUCCAUACCAGAUGUGAUUGUGGAGGAGAUUCAAACAGGUUUAGUUUCUGAACCAUGCCAAAAUAGCGACUCCAGGUCUGACUCCACUGCUCCUUCCAGUAAUUUGGAUAAUAAUAUUUCUGAAGAAAAAAGUGACAAACAUGAUGUUACACCCCAACAACAAAUACAAGAAAACCCAUCCGAUUUGAAUCGUAACACUACACCUGGGGAGACAAGACCAUGUGAUAUUGAUGGGGGCAGCCAAGGAGGGGCAGAAAGAGUCGAAGGUUUAGCAGUAGAAAUUGAAGAUGACAUCAGCAGUAUGAGCGAAGUCCACCGGCUUUUACAGGCUGAGCUUGAAGAACUUGAAACAGAAGAAAAAGAGAGGGAAGAAGUAAAGGCCAAGAUGAAAGAUGUAAAACAAAAAAAGAAAGCACUCAUGGAUAUUAAGAGUGUGGAGUUAAAACUACCCACUGAACUGGCUCUACAGCUGACUGAGCUGUUUGGCCCUGUUGGAGUGGACCCAGAUACAGGCUCUCCAGAGGACUAUGUAUUUCAGAUGGAUCUGAAUCUGGCCAAACUUCUUCAUCAAAAGUGGAAAGAAAGUAUUCAAGAAAGGCAAAAACAAGCAACUCUUUCUUUACAAUUGCUUCAAGAGAGUUCUGCUCAUUGGAGUAAACCACAAAAAUGGGCUGUGGCAGGAUCUAAUCCAGAACGGUACCAGAUGAGCAGAGAUGGCACUUCACAUCGGGACCGCCAUCCAGAUGCUGAAGGUCACCUGCCCUUUAUGGACCACUGGAAUGUGUCCCGUCCACAUGUGUCUCUCAGAGACAUCAUUAAGGAGGAGAUGACUCUACAAGAAAACAGACAGAAGGCUAGACAAAGUCAGACUGAUUUGGAUAAACGUGAUGGAUCCACUCUACUAAAAGAAGACCAGCUGUUUGCUCUCUUUCCCACAAUCGACAGACAUUUCCUUCAGGACAUCUUCAGAGAUCACAAUUACUCUUUGACACAAACAGAGUUGUUUCUUCGCUCUUUGUUGGGUGACGGUCCUGUUAAAACAGUUGUUGCACCUGAAGCUCCUCGAAUCACACACCCCAGAUCAGCCAGCAUGGACAGAGACAAGGACAAGAAGUCAGUAGAAUCAGUUAUGCCAGCUUAUCAGGACACAGAAGACCCCGAGUACCAGGACUUCAGAGCUGAGGCCAAUCUGCAGAGGAGAAGACAGCUCGAGAGUUUUGCCAAGGCUGCAGAGGCUUACAAACAAGGUCACAAAGAAGUAGCAUCAUUUUAUGCUCAGCAGGGUCACCUGCAUGGCCAAAGUAUGCGGGAGGCCAAUCACAGAGCAGCAGUUCACAUCUUCGAGAGGGUCAACGCUUCCUUAUUGCCACAGAACAUCCUGGACCUUCAUGGGCUUCAUGUGAACGAGGCCUUGGAGCAUUUGAUCGAAGUUUUAGAAAAGAAAACCAGAGAGUAUGAGCGUGGCCUCUGUCGCCCUCAACUCUCUGUCAUCACAGGAAGGGGGAACCACAGCCAGGGAGGCGUGGCCCGCAUCCGUCCCGCUGUUCUAGGCUACCUCACCAAGACACACUACAGGUUUACGGAGCCCAAACCAGGCCUCGUCUUGGUCUCUUUGAAGUAAAACGAACCUGGUUUCUUUGAUACACACUACUUACACGGUGUCUGAGUUUAUUUCAAGUGCAAUCUCUCUUGAAUCCAAAAAACCUGCAACUAUUUUAGAGGGGGUUUAUUAUUUACAAUUAAGCAGGACGACUCGUGUUUUAUUAAUUCGAAUGCCGUGUUUUUUUGAAAGGAAAUUGGGUCCCACUAUUGUAAUAAUGUGUACAUGUUGUGACAUUGUACUCAGUGAAGUAGGUACAAUGGGGUAGUGUGAGAUGAAGUGUUUAGAAACUUUUAUACAUGUAAAAAGGCACUGUUUGAGGCACUCCCAGUGGAAUAUUUUUAGAAGAUUUUAUCUAUUUUUUUACUUUGCAUUUGACUCUGGGUGUUGGAUUUGUACUACUGAACUACACUUAACAAUAAAGACUUUUGAUAGGUUUUAACUAACUUUUAUUCAGUUAUGUCAUCUUAUUCUGCCUGAGCGAACCAUUUUACUUUCUACCAGUUGUUCAUGAUUGUAACUCUUUUGUCUUAAAAUGUGGUUUGGUGUCAUUUGGUAGUCUCGUACAAAUCAUAAACAAACACGAAUUUAGCUUUUACCUUAAGGCCAGUUAAUUGAAAUUAAUGGUUUUAGGCUUGUAAUUAUCCAAUUGUGUGCCACCACUAUUUCUCAGGUUGAAACAUGCUCUAAAAAUGUAAAUAAUUAUUACAAUUAUUUUGUAUUUUUGUAUUAUUCUGUUCAUGCUUUUACAAACUGUUAGCUAAAUUUUAACGUUGAAAUAAAUGUGUUUGUUUGCAGUU